AUGAUUUCUGGUAUGCUGGGAUGGAAUGCAAAUGGAGCCGGGAUUGGUGUUGACAGAGUCAUUGAUUGUGCAGAAGACCUGAAAGUGGGGUAUGGCACUCACGUGUUGUCGGAAGAAGCUGAUGACUGGUGGGUUACUACGAGAGCUAAGUUGGACGCUGAUGGUAUAGCAAUCACUUGGGCUAUAUUCAAGAGAGAGUUUCUGAGGAAGUACUUCCCUGAAGAUGUUCGAGGAAGGAAUGAGAUUGAAUUCCUGGAGCUGAGGCAAGACAAUAUGACAGUUCCAGAGUAUGCUGCCAAGUUUGUAGAAUUGGCAAAGUACUACACUCCUUACAACAAUGACGAGGCUGUUGACAAAAAGGGCAAGAAGCAUGUGGAUAGAUGUAAGCCAUAUGAUAGAGGUAAAGCGGUUGACUGGAAGAAACCUAGCGGGGGAGACUCUAGUGCUCUUGUCAGGUGCUACAACUGUGGCGAGGUUGGACACCGUAAGAAUGAAUGCAAGCUUGAACAGAAGAAAUGCUUCAAGUGUGACAGAGUAGGCCAUAUUGCCACUGAUUGUAAGAAGAAGACGGUAUUAUUUCCUGAAGCUGUUAGUGCUGAUGAUCUGAACAUGACAGCUAGACAAGUGAAUGAAGCUAUUGAGGACGGUGCAACGGUGUUUAUGUUGUUUGCAUUGAUGAACUUGAAGGAGAAGGUAGUACGUACUGAAUUACCAGUGGUAUGUGAAUUUCCGGAAGUUUUUCUAGAAGAUGUAAACGAGUUACCGCCGAAAAGAGAAGUAGAAUUUGCUAUUGAAUUGGUUACUACAGUAAGUUUAUAG